UUUAAUUAACUUUUCCAUUUAUUUUCCAAGGCGAGCAGCGGGACCGGGUUAGCCGUUAUAUUAAUUAUUAAACCCAUUCUGUGAGACCCCGUGGCCUCCACCAACGGGGAUCGAACCUACUUCCGCUCUAGUAGCUGAAAUAGACUGGCAGCUGGUACAUGUGACUCGCUCUUGCUUCAUGCCGGCCGGUUUCUUUCGCCUCUUUCCUUCGCUUUUGGCUCUUCCUCUCUUGCAAAGAGGUACAACCCUGCACUAAUCGGUGAGCAGCCCCGACAAAGGCUAAGUUAUCGGGACAAGUUCCCUUUCACCUUGUUCUUGGUACUAGGAGAACAGCUAUGCUCGCUCGGGGAAGAACAAUUUUCUCUGGACUUUCUGUCUACUGGAAACCCCUCUUCAAAGGCCGACUCCUGCUUGUAACCAACACGGUCAGCUGUGGAGGGCUUCUAGCAGCUGGAGAUGCACUCCGCCAAUCCUGGGAGAUAAAGAAGGACUCUAAACAGAAAUGGGAUCGUGCCCGGACAGCACGAAUGUUCGCCAUCGGCUGCACUAUGGGCCCAAUGAUGCACUACUGGUACCUGUGGCUAGACAGGUCCUUCCCUGCUGCUGGCUUCAGUGGCAUCAGGACCGUCCUGAAAAAAGUUUUAAUUGAUCAGAUCGUUGCCUCGCCAGUCUUCGGGGUUUGGUAUUUCAUAGGGAUUGGAUCUCUAGAAGGACAGACUCUGGAGCAAAGCUGGCAUGAAUUGGAGGAGAAUUUUUGGGAAUUCUACAAGAUGGACUGGUGUGUGUGGCCACCAACGCAGCUGAUCAACUUUCUGUUUCUGCCACCCACGUAUCGAGUGAUUUACAUGAAUGUCAUCACUCUAGGAUGGGAUACUUACCUAUCAUACCUUAAAUAUCGUAAUAAAAAGCCAUCACUCAGCCAGGACGAAGCCUCUAAACCUUGCACUUCUGAGAUCCAGACUACUGGGUGAAAAAUGUGAAUAACCAAACUACUUCUUAAAAACUCGAAGCAGUCCACAGCAUCUUUUUUUUUUUUGAAAAAUACUAUUUGAAUUCUUCUAUGUGGGAAAUGGUGGCUGAAUGAAUCUGUUUUCUGCAAGCAAUUCUGAUUUUCCUUGUCAAAAACUCUGUAAUAAGAACGAGACUGAAGGCUCAGAGCACUUUUCCUUUGACAGGAUGGUGUGAAUUGAAGCAGCAACCAGCAUCUAGCAAGCAAAAGUACUGCCCCUUAAAGGUGCCAAAUUAUAGAUUUUUCUAAUUUAUUUAUUUAUUAAUUUUGUAUCGUCUCACGAUGUUGGAUGGCAUGCAAGAAUCUCAACAGUGAUCUUAAAAUCAAUCAUGUCAUCAAAAACAGAGACUAAGAAAAUAUGUCCACCUUCCUUCUCCAACCUUCCUUCUUCUUUCUCAGAGAAAUCAGGAAAGUUUUCCAGAGCUUCCCAAAAGCCAAGAAUGAAGCAUCAGGUGCCUUCUAGGGAAGGCAUUAUUCCAUAGAGCAGUGUUUCUCAACCUCAACAGCUUUAAGAUAAGUGGACUUCGACUCCUAGAAUUCCACAGCCAGCAACGGGGUAGGGCCAUAUUUGAGAACUGUUGAUUGUCUUCAGAUGGUUCAAAUUAGCAACUCAGUUCAUUCUUUGGAGGAUGAAUGCAUCUAUUUUGGAAAUAAUAACUAUUUAGAUAACAGGAAAGUCAGACAAGAUAAGAAAGGGAGAAGUAAAAGGGGGGAAAUUCGUUUUGGUACCUGUACAUCCGCAGCAUCCUUUACAGAACAUGCUGCCAGAGGAGAUGGAUUUGGGCAGCCUAUACAUUUAAUUAAUAUAUCUUUAAAAAUUACAAACAAGCUUGAGAGUAACUUCAUCCCAUGAUUGUGUUAAAAGAUUAAAUAUGGGAAACUAGACUGUGUCCUUAUUGUUACGCUCACAAGCAGUGCCGCAGCAGGUAGAAUAAAAAAAGGCCUUAAAACCAAGAGUGAGUGACCUAAUGACUCUAAAGCAUGGGAAUUUUUCAAUUCCUUAUUUUUUUUCCUUCAGUGGAUUAGAGAAAUACAUCAGGGAAAUGUUUGCUCACAAUAUAUCCAGACUUUUCUUGAACUUAUUCUUCCAUCUUAUGUACUAUAUUUGCUGCAUAAGUAGAUCAAACUGCCAGGGGUGGUUGUGUGGAACAUUAGGGUUGCAGUAAAUAUGGUGUCUAUGGAGAUUCUCAAUGAUCGAGUUCAUAGUCAUCUCAAAAGUGCAUUUUCCAAAAAGCAACUGGACUUGUUGGGGUUUUUUUUUUCUUUUCUUUGAAAACGUUUCACUUCUCCUCCAAGAACUGAAGUAGUUUCUCGGAGGAGAAGCUUUCAUUUCGAAGAAAUGAAACCAAGAAAAUCUAGUUGCCUUUUGGAAAAAGCACCUUUAGGAUAAAUAUG